AUGGCCGCCGCAGCAGUUCAAAGCGCCGCCCCCAUUAUCGACACCCAUUCCAGGGUUCACACGGCGCCGCAGACAGAACCCCGCGUUCCCCGACACGAUGUGACGACGACGCUCAACUUUUACCUCCCCAACGCCGACGGCUCCCCGCCGCCGCCGACCUAUGUCGGAAAGCCCGAGUCGUACCAGCAGCAGCGCGACACGCACCCCGUCGUCAUCAAGGACAUUGCCGGCGACGAGGACGCCUACACGCUCGACCGCAACGGCUUCCAAGUCGUGCAGCGCGGCGUGACGGAGCGCGACUUUGUCGACGACGACCAGAUCCAGGCCGGCUACUACGCCGAGACCGAGCAGCUCCUGAAAGACGUCACCGGAGCGGACCGCAUCUUCAUCUUUGACCACACGAUCCGGCGCGUGCCCGCGGGCACCAAGCUCGACGCCACGGCGCGGCCGCCCGUGCAGCAGGUGCACAUUGACCAGACGUACGCGGCGUCGCUGUCGCGGGUGGCGCACCACCUGCCCGGCGAGGCGGCCGAGCUCGUGCGCGGCCGCGUGCAAAUCAUCAACGUGUGGCGGCCGAUCCGCACCGUGCGCCGGGACCCGCUCGCCGUCGCCGACGCGCACUCGGUGCCCGAGGCCGACCUCGUCCCGCGCCAGCUCAUCUACCCGAACCGCAACGGCGAGACCUUUAGCGUCCGCCACAGCCCCGGACAGCGCUGGUACUACCGCUCCGGACUCGCCCCCGACCAGGCGCUGCUCAUCAAGUGCUUCGACAGCAAGACCGACGGCCGCGCCCGCAGGGUCCCGCAUACCGCCUUUGAGGAUCCCGACACCCCGGCGGACGCCCCGACGAGGGAGAGCAUCGAGGUUCGCGCGCUGGUGUUUCACACGGCGGACAGAGAUUGA